AAGCAAAAGGAUAUCUCCUGCAACAGCAGCAACACCAGAAAAUGCUGAUUCCGAUCAAUGCUGCCGCCAGCGCUGAUAACAUCCAUAACAUUGACUUGAUUAAUACUUCAGUUGCUCCAAAUGUGACCCUGCUACAGAGGUCAUCGAGCGUUCCCUGAUCCCCAGCUAUCCCCUGGUGGGUUCUCUAAUUCUUCAGCAGGAGGUGGAGGAGGAACAAUGCUCAAUACAGGCAGCCAGAUCUCACACCUCACAGCGGCAGCCGUACUCCCCCCUUCAACAUCCUACCCUUCUCCCCUGUCAAUGGUGGAAUGAAUAACUUUCAACAGCAGCAGCAACAACAGCAGCAACAGCAGCAACAACAACAGCAACAGCAACAACAGCAGCAGCAAGGCAACACCCAGGCCAGGCUGUCACCAAGUGGUCUACCUUCUUUUCAGGCCCAACUCUCCCCUCGUGUCUCUCAGGCACAGCAACAAGGUGGAUAUACAGUCCUAAAGCCAGAACAACUGGGCUCAGCAGCAGCAGCAACAACAGCACAGCAGCAGCAGCAGCAACAGGCGAGGCUGACCCUCCAACAGCAGCAGAACCCCAUGCUCAACGCACAACUUACGGGAACACCCUUUCAAUAGUACCAGAGGGUUCUUAAGUCAACAGCAGCAGCGACCGAAUCAGCCACAGCAGCAGUUGCCACCCGUCCGAUCCCUGACGAGUCCUGGCGCACAACGGCAGUCACCAUUCCCCACCCGACGUGUGCGCAACCCCUGGUGGUGCGCAAUAACCGCAUCCAACGCACUAUCAGCGCCCCUCCUCAGGCCACCACUCAGUUGCCAGGAGGCAACAACGGCAUGACAGAGUACGUGAGACAAGAACUACGGGCCAAGGUUGGCGCG